CGCCGCCGCGAGGCUUCCGUCUCGCUUGUUCGCGCAGCGGCGGCAGCAGAGGUCGCGCACAGAUGCGGGUUAGGCUGGCGGGGGGAGGAGGCGGAGGAGGGAAGGAAGCUGCAUGCAUGAGACCCACAGACUCUAGCAAGCCGGAUGCCCUCUGUGGAUGAAAGAUGUAUCAUGGAAUGAACCCGAGCAAUGGAGAUGGAUUUUUAGAGCAGCAACAACAGCAGCAGCCUCAAUCCCCCCAGAGACUCUUGGCGGUGAUCCUGUGGUUUCAGCUGGCGCUGUGCUUUGGCCCUGCACAGCUCACGGGCGGGUUUGAUGACCUUCAGGUGUGUGCUGACCCAGGCGUGCCCGAGAAUGGCUUCAGGACACCCAGUGGAGGGGUUUUCUUUGAAAGCUCUAUCACCCGAUUUCACUGCCAAGACGGAUUCAAGCUGAAGGGUUCUACAAAGAGACUGUGCAUGAAACAUCUUAAUGGAAGCCUAGGCUGGAUCCCAAGUGAUAAUCCCAUCUGUGUGCAAGAAGAUUGCCGCAUCCCCCAAAUUGAAGAUGCUGAGAUUCACAACAAGACCUACCGACAUGGAGAUAAAUUAAUCAUCACUUGUCACGAAGGAUUCAAGAUCCGCUACCCUGACCUGUACAACAUGGUUUCAUUAUGUCAUGAGGACGGCACGUGGGACAACCUGCCCAUCUGUCAAGGCUGCCUAAGACCACUCACCUCUACUAAUGGCUACGUGAACAUCUCUGAGUUCCAGACCUCCUUCCCCGUGGGAACUGUGAUCUCGUACCACUGCUUUCCUGGAUUUAAGCUCGAGGGGUCCGAGUAUCUUGAGUGCUUGCACGACCUCAUCUGGUCGUCUAGCCCACCCCGGUGCCUUGCUCUGGAAGUUUGCCCGCUACCUCCAAUGGUGAGUCACGGCGAUUUCAUCUGCCACCCGCGGCCUUGUGAGCGGUACAACCAUGGAACCGUGGUGGAGUUUUACUGCGAUCCCGGCUACAGCCUCACCAGUGACUACAAGUACAUCACCUGCCAGUAUGGGGAGUGGUUUCCUUCCUAUCAAGUCUACUGCAUCAAGUCAGAGCAAACGUGGCCCAGCACCCACGAGACCCUCCUGACCACAUGGAAGAUCGUGGCCUUCACAGCGACCAGCGUGCUGCUGGUGCUGCUGCUCGUCAUCCUGGCCAGGAUGUUCCAGACCAAGUUCAAGGCCCACUUUCCCCCCAGGGGCCCUCCCCGGAGUUCCAGCAGUGACCCUGACUUCGUGGUGGUAGACGGUGUGCCCGUCAUGCUCCCAUCCUACGACGAGGCUGUGAGUGGUGGCUUGAGUGCCUUAGGCCCCGGGUACCUGGCCUCCAUGGGCCAGGGCUGCCCCUUGCCUGUAGAUGACCAGAGUCCCCCAGCCUACCCCGGCUCAGGGGAUACGGACACUGGCCCCGGGGAGUCAGAAACCUGUGACAGCGUCUCGGGCUCUUCCGAACUACUCCAGAGUCUCUAUUCACCCCCCAUGGGCCAAGGGGACCCCCUCCCGGCCUCCAGCAGCCCUGACACAAUUGCCAGCACAGCGGGAGAGGUGGCAUCCACCAGCCCAGGCAUCGACAUCGCAGACGAGAUUCCGCUAAUGGAAGAAGAUCCAUAACCAGGAAAAUCCCUGAUGACUCUAUUGCCCCUCUGGGGAUGGGGCCUUGGACCGUGGAGUGAGGCCACGAAAAGACAGAGGUUGGGAGAAUGAGGGACGUUUUCUGAUUUAUCUACAUCGGGACCCUGAUUCACAUCACACCUCUCGGUCUCAACGGUGAGGCUGACAGGCUGCAGUGGCAGUGCUUUUAAAUGAGACCUGAGGGUUUGCCGAGACCAAGCCGGAACAAGGGGACGAGAGGGAACCUGGUGUGUUCCCUGAAGAAGGUGUUAGCGUGUCUCAUGCUUUGGAACAUGGGACAGCUCCAUGCACAUCCUACUGAAUCCCACAUCCAUUGACUUAUGAGUGCCACCUGCCUCCUCUGAAAGCAUGUCACAUUAUGUAAAUUCGCUUCUAAAAUAAGCUUCAAACUGUCUCUGGACUCCAAAUUAGGAUGGAUCAGCCUCUGCACAGGUCUGCAGAGCAAGAGAGCGCCCCCUGCAGGCUCCCAAAGGGAAGGUUCUCGUGUGACUUGCACCCUCUCUGUCAACUGGGCGACUCUACUCAAAGCAAAUCUAAAGCAGAUGUGGUGGUUCUGGUGCAAAAGGAAGGGAAGACUCAGGCCAACUCUGCUUUCUGGGAAUUUCUUCAAGAAGCAGAGUUCAUGUACUCUGUGCUGUCCUUUGGUGAAAUGUUGUCAGUAUUUGUAUUUAUGGCCCAGCCCAUGGCUCCAUGGCACUGGAUAAAUCAUGUGGCUUUGCAAAUGGUCAGAAUGUUUUCAGAUUCACCUCAUGAUGGAGAAAGUAACCAAGGUAAUGUUUCGUUUCUGCAUUUUCUGCGUUUUCAAAAGAUUCUGUUUGGCAAUUUAUCAGAGUCAUGAGCCUCUCGCCAGUUAACUUUGUUGCUCUACACCCGCACUUUUACUUUCCAAAGCAGAAAUUGUUUCUGUGAGCACAUUCCUCCUCCAAAUAAAGGGUGAGGUUGGAGUGUUUCCCCUUCUAAUUUGUCCUGCAGUGUCCACAGGCGGGACUCAGUCCGAGUCAGCUCCGCCCUUCUGCUUUCAAGAAGGCUGCCCAUCUACCUGCCAGUUCUGCAUUCCUACUGGGCAGGGCUCUGGUGCCACCAGGAAGUGUGCCUAAGAAAACAAGUGAUUAAAGAAUCCCCUGAGUCCCGCAGUGUCUCUUCAAAUACAUGUCGAUCCAUGCUGUUGAUUCCUUUCCUCCUCUGGGUUUUAGACAAAUAUAAACAAAACUCUGAUCCGUAAAAUUGCUAUGCUGAUAGAGCAGUGGGAGCUGGAAGCUUGAUCAAAUCCUGUUUCUUCUUGACACAGACUGAUUAAAAAUUAAAAAGAAAAUGACAGUU